GGUAGCUCUCAGUAUACCGACAUCGUUGCCUCUAUGACAUCGUAUUUUCGCAAAUUUGCAGGACUUGAAUGGUUCUUCAUUCUUGCUCUAUUCAUGGCUUCUGUAUUCUCAUCAGCCAUUACUAUUUUGGCUUCAGCUGUAACUUAUGCAGAAGCAAACUUAUCUUUCAGAGAUUUGCUAUCAAGAGUAUUCAAAUCUUGCAAAAGGCCAAUAACCACUUGGUUCUACAUAUCUCUCUUCAAUCUUGGUUACAUUUUCCUUGAACUGUCUUUCAUUCUUCCCUUCUCUGUGAAUUUUUCUUCUCCAUUAUUUCGCCCAACAACCUUUGCCUAUGUCCUGCUGAUUCCCGUAUCAGCUUUCCAAAUGUACCUCUCAGUUUUCUGGAAAAUGUCUCUUGUCAUUUCUGUACUUGAAGAAAAAAGUGGUCUUGAAGCAUUUGGGAAGGCUUCGCAGAUAUUGAAGGGAUUGAAGUUACAAGGGUUUCUGCUAAAUCUUGUUUAUGGAGUACCUGGUUUGAUUGCGUAUAUCUGGUUUUUCAGGACGAAGAAAAGGAUUGGAGUAUACUCUUCGCUGUUAGUGGAUCUGAUAUUUUGGAACGUUGUUUCUGUGUUGAACAUGUCACUUAUGGUGGCAUACACAGUGUUUUACCAUAAAUGCAAGCAGAACCACGGAGAAGAGGUUGAAUUGCAAGGAAGCUUUGAAUACAUUAAGGUUGCCCAUGAGCCAAUGAUUACAGCAUAAAAUACCAUUAUAGGACGACUAUGGCCGUAGGAGUGUGAUCACAGCGUGUGUAUAUAGCUGCUUGUUCAUUACGGGCAGUGUGGUUCGGGUAUUACUUUCUCGUAUAUCCUUAACAGAAAAUCUAGUAUGUAGCUUGGAAACUAUAAACUAAGUCUUAUAUUAUGUGCGGGUGGUGUAGUUUUAAUAAUGGCUUGAGUAUAGUUAAGAAAUUAUUGAUUAAUUCCUAUUCAGUGUCGCUUCGACUUGAUCCAUGUUGGCUUUGUCAUAAUAGUAUUUAUAGUAUGUUUGUCCCCAUUAUGAUAUAAAGUGAUCCGAAUUUCGAUUGCCCA